AUGCUAUAUAGAGAAGAAGAUAUUUUUCGAUUGGAUCAACAUUGUUCAACUAUAAGAAAUGCUGUUUUAUAUACUAUUCAAGAACAUAAAAUAAAAACUGCAGAUAUUGGUAGUACAUCAACAACGACACAAUUUAUUGGCUGUGCAUUAAAUGGCAUUGUUAAGAUGACAUCAAAGAUUGUUUUCAACGCAUCAAGACAAAAAAUAAAUGAAAAUGAUUUAAAAGAGCUUUUAAAAAAUAGUGGUUCAAUAUUUAGUAAUCGACAAUUAGAUCGUUUAUUUUCAAAGCGUGAUUCAUAUAAACGUGUUGAUCGUCUUAUAAAUUGUUUU